UAAAGUAACAUGUCUUGAAUCAGACGAGAAUAAGUACUUUUGAAGCCUUUGUAUCUUGCUCACUCUCACAGAAGCUUUCGCGAAAUUUCUCCUCGUCGACGUCGACUCAUUUAUUAUCACUAACCGCUAAUUAAGAACAGAACUUUGAUUUCCUGACGUUUCUAGAUACGACAGCUAGAGAUCAUCACGUUUACGUCAUUCCGGCCCUGGCAUCGAAAGUAUGAGGCGAACUCCUUGUUUAAUUAAAAGCAUAAAAGAAUCUCGUCAAAUGUCAGAAGAACACUUGAAAAGUAAUUAGCCCGGGACGACGAUCAAAUUUUUUUCUGAUCUUUUCCCGGCCGCUUCGAGUUGUGGUGGUUGAAUUACUAGUUGAAGGAGAGUUCUCUGUACGUGUUAAAAUUCAAGUCAUGUGGAGAGAUUUGCCAGAAUUAAAGGAUUUUGUUAAGGUGAAGUCAGUUAUUGCGCAAGAAGUGUGAAUGGGCCAAGAUCACAAGCCAAAAUCAUUUACGAUCUUUGUCAGUUUAGCUGACACGACAAACAAAUUGUCGGUGGUGAUUAAUAAUGGUCGAGACAAGAGCUGAAUUUAAGAAGUACUGACGUCAUCGCUGAAACACCAAAGAUCUAUUAAGCCUCUUCACGAACAAUAACCAAAUACAAAUAAACCUUGGUGCUUUGUGUCUCACUUUCCAUAAACAAGGCUUCUUGUGAGUGAGAUGUUGCGCUAAAGAAACGCCAUGUAUGGGAUGCUCUUGGAAAGCGUAGAGCAUUUCUUGAAAGAGAAAUACGGUGAAAAAAAUUGGCACUUAAUUCGUCUACGGACAGGAAUUAAAAAUCAUGUAUUUGUGACACACGAACGGUACUCUGAUCAUCUAAUGUUGGAAAUCGCUUCUGCAGCGGUAGACGUACUUGGGAAUGAGACAAAAAUGACCUCGGAAGAUUUUAUUCAAUUUUUUGGGACGUGCUUUGUGAAGUUUUUCAGCAACUACGGUUACGACAGGUUUAUACAAAUAAGCGGCAGACAUUUUAGUGAUUUCCUACGUGGAAUUGAUAACUUGCACGAGCAUAUGCGAUUUGCUUACCCAAAGCUUAUGUCACCGUCGUUUUACUGUUCAGAGGAGACAAGCACGGGAUUACUGCUACACUACAAAUCUAAACGGACAGGAUUCCAGCGAUACGUAAUGGGGCAAAUCAUGGAAGUGGCGAGUAUGUUCUACGACAUCGCUGUUGAGAUGCAAGUACUCAACAGUACUUCGAGCGAGGCCGGUUGUCACGUUGUGUACAAACUUAAUUUCGACAACUUGGCUUUUAAACCUCCUACGCCUGACGCUCUGUCCAUUCAACAAAAUCGUGACUUAUCUUGCGAGGCUUUUUUUCAUAUCAUGCCGUUUAGUUUUCUAGUGACGUCCGACAUGAAUAUACAAAUGGCCGGAAAGGCAUUAUCUUCGAUGCUCGGAACCAUACUAGUUGGAAGUCGUGUAGAUGCAGUUUUUACCUUACGACGACCACAAAGGGAAUUUUCCUGGGAAAAUAUAAAAUCAUGGAAUGUCAUCUGCGAAUUAGUCGCCAAACGUCCAUGCUUGAAGAAUCACUCCAUCGAAAAACCUCCUCUGAGAGCUGUUAAAUCAGUGGAUAAAGCAGAUUUUAUGGUACCCAGAGACACGAACCACAAUGUGGAACUUAGAAAGAUAUUAGACAAAACUGAGCAUCAGAACGGUUUUGCGGGCCUUAAAUCACGGCGACAUAGUGACCUUCCUCUAAAUGGCACUUUGGUGACAAAAUUUUGUGGAAAUGACUACUCGGCUAAAGUGUUUAGACCUUUACAUCUUAGAGGUCAGAUGAAAUAUCUGAAGAAAUACGAUAUGGUGUUGUUCAUUUGCUCUCCCAUGAUAAGCAGUGUAGAAGAAAUGGCUCGCACAGGGAUGUACAUUAGUGAUCUGGAAAUGCAUAACUCCUCGCAAGAGAUGGUUCUAUCUGGCAUCCAGCCUCUCCCAGAGCUUGAAUAUGCACGUGAUCAGCUCUUGGAACGAGGGAAGAUGCUAGAGGUGAAUUUAGAGAAUCUUGAUCAGGAAAGGCAGAGGAGCGAGGAACUUCUCUAUCGAAUGAUGCCAAAAGCUGUUGCUGACCGAUUACGAGAUGGUCAGAAAGCUGUUGAAACUUGUGAGCAUUUUGAUAGUGUCACCAUCAUGUUCAGCUACCUGGAUAAUUUUGACAACAUUUGCGCCAGUGUUUCACCAAUGGAAGUGGUCAGUCUAGUCAAUAAGAUGUUCUUGAAUUUUGAUAAACUGAGUGAAAAGCACGACGUCUACAAGUUUGAGACCCUUGGGGACGCGCAGUAUAUGGUGGUCAACGGUGUACCAGUUAGAAAGGACCGACACGUGGAGCCUGUGGCUGCAAUGGCCCUGGAUAUUUUGGAUUCAGUUCGAGAACUGAAACAUCCCACUUCAAAGAAAUCAUUAACUGUCUCAAUAGGGAUACAUCUUGGGCCGGUGGCAGCUGGACUCGUGGGGGUAAAAAUGCCACAGUACUGUCUGUUUGGUGAUAGCGUGAACACGGCGGCAAGACUCAGAACAACUUCUCUUCCAAUGAGGAUUCAUAUAAGUCAAAGCUGCCACGAAAGCUUGAGGGAGAUCGGCUUUCAAACAGAGUUUCGGGGUCGAAUAGAACUAAAGGGAAGAGGAAAGAUGCAUACUUAUUGGUUGAUAGGCAGGAAGAAAGCGACUGAAAUGCAAGACCCAGCUUCUUAAUGAAAGCUAUACUCAAGAUCAUGAGGAUAGGGAAAGAAUUGCUGAUCAAUGAAUUUCUUGAUUGUUAAACAAAUUCUCGUUGUCAGUGCUAUGGGAAAGGUAUAGAAAGCUCGGUUUUAAAUUAUCACCUCCUUUCCUAUUCCUAUUUAAUACUUGUUUUGGGAUUUUAUUGGAUUUAACUUAUUUUUUCACAGUAUUACUGAAGAGCGACAUAGCCAGCUGAAAAUUAAUGUUUACACGUGACCUGCACCAACACAACUUGUGCAAAUUUUCAUACGUAUUUAAGAGUUUAAGUCAGUAUAUUUAUAACCUUCUUUUGAGGAUGGAUAGUUUUGUUGCUAAUUAAAAGGAGUUUAAUAAAAAAAAAAAUGCAAAAACAGUUUUAAAACAUUGUGGUUGAUAUGUACAUAUAUUUGAUGGACAUCGAAAGGUGACCUUAAUAACGAAAACGACCUUUCCAAUUUUCUUCAGAGUAUACAUGUUUUUAUCUUUAAAGACUUUCCGUCUGGUUAACUUUCCCCUCUACUUGAAGAUCACUCUUUAUUUGAUUCUUCCUUUUGUUUUGAAUUUUCGUUGUUUGUCUGCUUUUCAUCUGAAGACGUUACGCUCAGUAAUCUAUAGAGAAAAUGAAAAUGUGACUAUUAAAUUACAAAAAAUUAGAUAAACAAAAAAAUGAACAGUCAAAUAAGCUUGCAAAUAGACAUAAAUUCGGCUAUAAAGUCAUAACUUGCAAUGUUCAUGUGGUAAUAUAUAUCUUUAUUUCAAUACUGCGGCAUACAGAUAUUGCCCGGGAGAAACCUGCACACAAAAACUACAUUUUUAUUGUGUUGCCGUCCGAAUAUGGCGGUCUGGACUAACAUAUACUACGGAGGUUAUUCGGAGUUACAGAUUCGGACAAGGUGAAUGCCACUUUUUAACAAGUAAUGCUGUUAGCUUGCGUCCUCUGUUGAUGGAAAAAUUGAUAUAUUACUCUAGAAAUACACUACAACUUGAACUAAUUGAGCCUUCAAAUAUACAAAGGAGGAUUUGGUGUAUUAUACGACUGUACAUACUUAAAAAAAA